UUUUUUUUUAUCAGAUUUAUUAGUACUGAAAAGCUACAUUGUUUCUGAGUGGUAUCAGCUGUGUAGAAAAAUAUGGCUCUAAAGGGUAAGCUGGAGACUGAGAUAGAAAUAAAGUCAGCUGCUGAUAAGUACUACAACAUCUUCAGGAGCACUACCCACCAUUUUCCCAAAGCAACUCCUAACAUUAUACAAGCAGUUGAGGUGCAUGAAGGUGAUUGGGAGACACAUGGCUCUAUCAAGUUCUGGAAUUAUACAAUCGCGAUGGACACCUUUAGGAUCAGGGAGGUUUUCAAAGAGAAGGUUGAAUUUGAUGAUGCAAACAGGGCAGUAACUCUUGUGGGCAUUGAAGGGGAUGUCAUGGACUAUUUCAAGAGCUUUAAGGUCACCUUUCAGGCUACUCCAAAGGGUAAUGGCAGCUUGGUCAAGUUGACUCUUGAAUAUGAGAAACUGAGAGAGGAAGUGCCUGCUCCAAUUAAGUACCACAAUAUGAUGGUUACCAUGACUAAAGACAUUGAUGCAUUCCUUGCCAAGGCAAAAAAUAUGGCUCUAAAGGGUAAGCUGGAGACUGAGAUAGAAAUAAAGUCAGCUGCUGAUAAGUACUACAACAUCUUCAGGAGCACUACCCACCAUUUUCCCAAAGCAACUCCUAACAUUAUACAAGCAGUUGAGGUGCAUGAAGGUGAUUGGGAGACACAUGGCUCUAUCAAGUUCUGGAAUUAUACAAUCGAGGGGAAUGCUGAGGUUUUCAAAGAGAAGGUUGAAUUUGAUGAUGCAAAUAGGGCAGUAACUCUUGUGGGCAUUGAAGGGGAUGUCAUGGACUAUUUCAAGAGCUUUAAGGGCACCUAUCAGGCUACUCCAAAGGGUAAUGGCAGCUUGGUCAAAUUGACUCUUGAAUAUGAGAAACUGAGAGAGGAAGUGCCUGCUCCAAUUAAGUACCACAAUAUGAUGGUUACCAUGACUAAAGACAUUGAUGCAUUCCUUGCCAAGGCAUAAUCAAAAGGGUAUAUGCAUUUUCUGGUGCUUGUUAUGUCAUUUAAGCAUGACAACCAAAGCAGUACUAGCUUAUGUAUCUAAGCCAGGUUUGUUUUAAAAAAUUAUCGUGUGUUGUGAAUGAAGAGUACAGUUGGUGCUGAUCUUUACUAUUUAUGCCUUGGAAUAAAACUUUGUAAUCAGUUUUAUAUGUUAUGUUAAAAAAAAAAAUUGAAUAAAGUUCGUAUGUUUUAUAUUGA